AGAGAUAGAACAAGAAGUGCAUGUGGAACAACACACAAGAGACAUGCAGCAGCUCACACUUAAACAAUGCAUUUCCCCCAUUUAGACACCUUACAAUACAAUGCAGCAGCCCUGUCCACCCAAGAAUCAACCAAACAACCAUGGCUUCUCAGUCUCUUCCUCCCACUGCCAUCACCUCUCUCGUCCUACUUCUCAUCACCCUUAUUCCUUCCGCUUUUUCUCAGAACCCCACCACCUCAGGCUCUACCAUAGCGCAAUGCAGCCUUCCCCUGCUAUCUCUGGCUUCAUGUGGAUCCUAUGUACAGGGUUCAGCCCCAACACCAGUGCAGUCAUGCUGUGACAACCUCAAGCAAGUCUAUAGUCAGCAGCCCAAUUGCCUUUGCCUCCUGCUCAACAGCACAGUCAUGGGCUCUUUCCCCAUUAACAGGACGCUGGCUCUGCAGCUGCCACUUGUUUGCAACCUUCAAGUCAGCAUGUCUCCCUGUUCAGAAGGGAUGACAGUGCCUCCUAGUUCACCUGAUUCUCAAGUUUCCCUGGGUGAAGGCACCAAUUCCACUGUUGCCGCUUCCCCCGUGGUUGCAGUGGCACCAAGACCAAGCAUUAUGGGAUUUGGGUUUGGCCGGAGUUCUAGCAUGAGGUUGGAAGUGAAAGGUGACUUAGCUGUAGCAGUCAUUGGGGUGGCCUGUUUGCUGACAUAAGUUCCAUUUUGAGUCUGAU